AUGACUGUGCCAUUACCAGCCGGCUCGACAUCUGUACUGGCGAAACCGACGAAGUACCACUACUAUCCUCACAAUCAACACAUUUAUUUGCUGCCUGAAUGUGCCAUUCAACAGGUGUGUAAUGCAGUUUAUGUUCGUCUGAAUUACACUCAACCACUGUGCGCCUGUCCGGCGAGAUACCGGGACCCAUGCUCGGCAAGCCUCAACGCCGACGACCUGCAUACCACGCGCCUUACCACAGAUUCCAAAAAGAAGUACGCGAAGAAAGCAGUAACAUUGGUAAAGACUUGUGAAGCUGUUUCCGAGAUGAGAGAGUGCCGUGCCCCUCGGGAUUGGUCAUUACUUGCUUUGCAAAACAUAAGGACUGGAAAAUCACACUAUUUAGUCAUAUGCCGGUGUCCGGACACUCACAUUCUUGAAGGACCUAUGUCACACGACCAGCCAACCUACGCUUCUGUGCCUGGCAUCAGAGUUUAUGGAAUGAUGUGUGUGCGGCCUAACACUCUCUACCAUUCAGGCUUCACAAAUAGAUUCCCAGGCGGAGUAUCAAGUACUCCAAGCACAUACAAAGUGGACUAUUCUCAACCGCACUCCUACGAUAAACCUGUUUACAAUCGUUUCCAAACUCACAGUUAUCCCGACUCAAAUUACUACAACAGGCGAACUCGUUCGUCACGUAUGAGACGAGAAACAGAAUACCCCCCUUUCCCAUGGUACAAAGUUAUAGAACUAGCUAGAUCAUUACAUUGGAUCAAUUAA